UCGAUUCGGAUGUGUGCGCGCAAGAAAUAAAUCGAAGUAUUUAAGAAUAUUUCAAAUUUUUAACAGUGAAAUUUGUUAAGUGAGCAAAUCAAUAAUCGUGAAGUGCAAAUAAUUUAUAAUAAAGUAUGUUAUCAAUAUAAAUGCCUGAAAGUUAUAAACCAGAAUUUGUUAAUACAUAUGAUUGUAAGAAGAUGAGUUCAUUCCUAAUGGGAUAUCCACACCAUUUCCAAUCCAUGGGUAUCAAUAUUGAACCAAAAUUUCCUCCAAGUGAUGAGUAUGGCUUUCAUAACGGCUACAGUAGUGUAAAUGGAAUCACGCAAAACGGAAAUGAGUACUUGCAUCAUCCGCAAAGUGAUAUAUUGCAUCACAACAAUGGAUCUAACAAUGGUAGCGGUUACAAUAGUUACGCUCAUGGUAUGAGUGGGCAUUACUAUCAUCACCACCAUCAUCAUCAUCAUAAUGGCUACGCUUCUCCUGUACAAAUGCACACAUCAACUCCAAUUUCCGCGCCCGCAGUUGUGCAGCCAUCAACACCAACAAACAGCUCAACACCAAAUCAGAAUGAUGGAUACGUGUCAAAUUCAACGACGUAUUACCCUGGCUUCUAUAGUAGUAAUGCGCAUCAAUCUUUGAUGGAUGUUCCAUUGCAGUGUUCUGAAAAUGAAGUUAGCAACACAGCAUUAGGAUUACAAGAAUUAGGUAUAAAACUUGAUAGACGAAUAGAAGAAGCUGUACCAGCCGGGCAACAACUUCAGGAGCUUGGAAUGAGGCUGAGAUGCGAUGAUGUGGGAUCUGAUCAGGACGAAUAUCUCGAUGAGGAACGCAUGAUGCUCGACAGGUCUCCGGAUGAAACCGAAUCCAACGAAGGUGAACUCGAUGAACUAGAUUCCGAUAAUGACCUAGACGAUGAUAUAAUAAAUGCGACAAAUGAUGGCGAAAGAAUCAUUUAUCCUUGGAUGAAAAAAAUUCAUGUUGCCGGAGUCGCGAACGGAUCCUACCAACCUGGAAUGGAACCAAAACGCCAACGUACCGCCUACACUAGGCAUCAGAUUUUAGAGUUGGAGAAGGAGUUCCAUUACAAUCGUUAUCUAACCCGACGACGGCGUAUAGAAAUAGCCCACACACUGGUUCUGUCAGAGCGUCAGAUUAAAAUAUGGUUCCAGAAUCGGCGAAUGAAAUGGAAAAAAGAUAACAAACUUCCGAAUACUAAAAAUGUACGAAAGAAAAGCGGAGAUCAAGGUAAAAACAUCACCACAUCUAACGCUACGGGCGGCCCAACGAAAAAAGGUCGAAAGACGAGCUCGUCAAGUUUAUCAAUUGCGAAGAAGCGAAUGAAUCUACAGAGUGAAUGCUUUCGAUCCGAGAGCCUGGACAGCAUGACGGACAUUCAUAACUCAUUGACUGGAAACAAUGUUACUGCAGCUCCAUACAUUUCUGCAUCGGACGUUACUGGAGUGCUACCAGCAAAUAACAGCAACAAUAUCACUUCAGAGCCAAUAUCACAAGAACAACAGCAAUCACCAAUAUUAAGCAGCCCGUCGGCUAUCGGAAGUGUGAAUACAACAGUUGCUCAUUCCAUUAGUAUUAAAAAUGACUACGAUCUAACUACUCUAUAGAAUUACUUUACAUUAUAUCCUGGCAUAUUCUUUCAUUUAUUUGCUCAAUGCUAACGUGUUCAAUGUAUCCACCGAUUUAAAAAUUAACCAGUUGACAGUGUCCCUUCAGAAAUAACAAAAUACCAAUUUAUUUAAAAGGUAAUGACAGAUUGUAAAUGUUCUACGUGCUACCGUCCAUCAUUACAAAAUUGAUACUGAUAUGUACUUCGACAAAUAAAAAUACUUUGAACGAGAAGGGAGAACCGCUAAUUUUGUGAAUUAGAAAUUUUUAAACCGUGAGUAUUUCAUACAAUCCAAUGAUAGGAAAAUACAUAGAUUUGUCUUUUCGUUACUAUCAUUGAUUCCAUUGGAAAUCACUAGAAAAGUUGUGCUUUAAUUUUUUAAUUAUUGUUAAGCUCCACAACGUUUAUGGAGAUCAUGGGCUAAUUCCCAUUCACAGGAAGAAAGCAGUCUCGAAUUAAUAUAAGUAAAUUAAGACCAGCAAAUGGCAUGAAAUACAUUUUGCAUACUUCUUUCUGAAAUACAGUAUUAACUCACGACUUUCAGAUAUUUGAUAAAUUCAAUUUUUCACCACAGAUGAGAAAAGAUUAUUUCUAUUUCUAUAUACAUACUAUACAAGUCUUUGAAAAGGGGGAGUAUUAUUGUACCAUUGGAUAAAAUUCGGAUAAAACAGUGAUGUAGUUUAAGAUGAUUCCAGCCUUGUAAAUAAUUGUACAGAGUAAUACCCACAAAGAUACUUUUAUCUAUUUAACAUAGUAGUUUUGGUUUUGUGCCAUUUAUUUUAAGGUCGUAGUUUAUUGUCUAUAUAGCUUUAGUUAGCGUAUAUUGAAUCUAUGAACAUAAAAGUAGACCUUGUCAUUUUUUUUUAUAAUUCCAAACUUGCGAGUUAGUUCAAGAAUGUACAAAGUAUUAGGUAGCCAACAUUCUUGUAUAUUUUUUGGUAAGAUAAAUCAGUUUGUCACCUGGAACGCAAAGAAUAGUUGAGCUAGUUCAUAUCCCCUAUAGACACUAUCAUUAUUUUGCUAGUUUGGUACUAGAGCAUAUAGCGUCUGGGUUAUGAUGCCAAGAUAAUAAUGCAGACUAAACGGAACCUCUCAAUGUAUCAAUUCAAUAAUAAACUUCUAUUAUAAUUUUCUGCUGAUCUUGGAUUGUCAUACUCUUCCAUAACCUAUCAUAUAAAAAUUAUUUUUAAUAUACUUGAAUCAACCAAUGCGACCUAAAGUUUAUUGAGAACAAAUUUGGUUUCGAAAGUUUGGUAAGGAGCAUCGUCUAUUAAUUCAUACAUACGUUUUAAGUAUAACCAGUAAGU